ACAUAUUACUAUGAAGUUGUUGGUAGUUAUCGGUCUAAUUGGAGCUGUGUUAAUAUUCACAAUGCCUAACCAAGUGAAUUCAUUGCCAACGAGGAGACGCAACCGGCCACGUCCUAGUCUGCCGCCUAGAGGUCGGCCCGGGCGUCCGCGCCCUCGACCACGUCCUACCCCGAAUACCCCUACCUCGAAUACCCCUACCUCGAAUACCCCUAUCCCGAAUACCCCUACCCCAAGUCCCCCUGAUUGCACGAGUAUCGCGUCUGACAACAGCCCUGGAAUGGCCCCACUUUACCGUGGCAGUUUGGAUGGAAACCAAAAUUAUGUCAUUAUCAUUAACAACGAUGAGAACACCGAAACAAUUGUGACACAAGUGGUUAACAUGAGAUCUGACAACAGGCGAGGUUUGCAAAACAGAAUGCUCAAAGGGCCCUCAAAUGGAAUAAAGGCAGUCGUUUGUGAUCUUAAUGACGAAGAGUUAAACAGGAUUCGUCAAAUGAACGGUGUGAAGUACGUUGAAAAAGAAGUCAUGUUCAAGACGUCUGAAUCCACUUGGGGCUUAGAUCGCAUUGAUCAGCAAAACCUUCCGCUUGAUAACUCAUAUUUACCAUUGGGUAAUGGGGAAGGUGUGUUUGUAUACGUCAUUGAUACUGGCGUCAAUACUCAUCAUGAGGAAUUUGGUGGUAGAGCAGUGAACUGGUACGACGCUACAACAGGCGAAUAUGAUUCAGAAGAUUGUCUUGGCCACGGCACACACGUUGCCGGCACGGUUGCUGCAGAAAUCUAUGGAGUCGCCAAUAAAGUUAAUAUACGAAGUGUACGUGUGUUUGGAUGCGAAAAUGGAGCUACCUCGUCAGACAUAGUUGAUGCAAUCAAUCAAAUUUUGACUAAUGGACCUGGGGAAAAAGGUAAGCGAAGUCCGUCAGAAGAUAUUUCAACUUUCAACUAAAAAUGUUGUUGAAGACCCAAAAGAGUCCAGCAACCGCCUAUUAUUUACAUGCCCGCAUUCCGAUGAAAGCACUUGUUUAGAUCAGUGAUUGUUUAUGAUUGGUAUGCAGUUUGUGUAUUGUAAUAUUUUUUUAUGAUGUAUUUUUAUUAUUAAAAAUUUGGUUUUAAAAAUAUAGACCUACUGCUACCAUAUGUAUUAUUUCAUUAAUAAUUUCAAUUUUAUAUACUUUUUAGCUAGCUUUCAAAUGACAAUUUCCUUCACUUUAAACAG